GUCACUCCUGAAACAACACUUGAUGCAGUAGUCCGGAUCAACAGUUGGGUAUGCCUUCAAUGCCGGACUGGUGUGAGCUUGGAAACGGCUUGGUUUUGGCCCCGCCUUGGCUCUUCCUGGACAAGGGCGCCAAUUCCGGGAAUCCCAUCAGUCCCGAAACAACACUCCCACACUCCCACGGCGGGGUGCGGAACAUUAUCGUCACCAUGACCAUUUGCCACGUCGCCAUGACAUCGAAACUCCAUUAUCCAUUAUGUCGUCAUCGCCAGUCAUCGUGACAAUGCGCUACGUGGCACUCUUCGUUCCCUCCAUCGCGCGGCGGCCCGAACAGAGCCAUUGACAGCCAACACAGCCGCCCCAUCUGGUCAACAAGUGGUCGAGGCUACUCCCUCUCCACACCCGCACCCGCACCAGCCCUGCCUACCACCCACAUGCCUGCAACGCCCAUGACCAACAUCCAUCCUUUCCUCGCCCAUGUUCCCCGCCCCGGCCCAUUUCAGUGCUGUCGCUCAUAAUGGAUUUGUCGUCAUCGUCCCGUCACAGGACCGACGAUGCGGCCCGGCCAGAUCUUACCCGCAGCACGCGUCCCACACUUAUCAAGACAUCCCGGCACCUUCAUACAGCCUCACCAGCCACUACACUCGGCAACAACCUACUACAACUUGCCAUCAUUCUCAACGUCUUGCUCAGUUGAUCAUCAUCGUCUUCAUGCCUCAUAGCGAGGCGAUCAUCGUGCCCGGAUUGAUGGCUGCCACCGAAAGAACGCGCUGCGCCGCCGAACGAAUCGGACGCGGUCUCCUACAUCAGCCCACGAGCUACACCUUCUGCUACCCCUCUUCCAGUCAUGGCUGCUGAUGGUGGCGGUGGCGAGCAUGCCGGAGCAGGGAAAGUCGCGCCGGAAAAGUCAAACGAUGCAACAGCAUCAGCGCCUGGCCAUGGCCACGGCCAUGGCGAUGACGACGAGCAAGGUCAUACCACGCGCGAGCACCGACAGCAGUUCUCCACAGGCCUGUGUGACUGCUGUGACGACAGGGCCGGGUGCUGCUACGCAUGCUGCUGCGCGCCGUGUCUGAUGAUGGAGAUGCGCGCGCUGCGCGAAGGGCGGGAUUUCUCCGUCGCCGAAAAGCGAUGGGGCAUCGGCGUGGCGCUCGCCAGCGGAGCCUCGCAGCUCGUCUUGACCUGCAUGGAUCGAGCAGACGCCCGUGCCGUCUACGAUCUGGGCUCAUGGACCUGGUCCGAUGCGCUUCUCGCGUGCUGCUGCGGCCCAUGCUCGACGUGCCAGACCGCCCGCGAGCACUACGCCCGCUUCCCGGAUCAUCCGCGCCCUGGCUACGACGGCUGCUGCGCCUGCGGUGCCUGCGCCAUCCAGUACAACCUGCCAGUGCCACCGGUAGACGCUUCCGGCUGCGCAGAGUCCAGCCAUGGCGCAUCUGGGCGCCGUGGCAAGUCCUCCCGCCGGGAGCGCUCGGCUCCCCGGGCCAGCUUCAACUACCCGAUGGACAUUCCCGACGAGGGAAACGGAACUGCGGGCGCCAAGGCUACCGCCAGGAGCACCGCCCUGGUGCUCUUUACCAUCUACAUCGUCGUUGCCGGCAUCUUACUUGUCCAGAUAGUGGUCGGCAGUGGCUCGAACCAGGGCGAUCUAACGUCGUUUGCCGGCAUGGCCAUGCUGGCACUCCUCCUCCGCCACGCCCUCGCCGACAACGAGACCCGCAAGGUCGAGGUCUACUACUGGAUCCAUGUUCUGACUACCAUCGGGUGGAUCGUCCGCCUUCUGACCACCGUGGUCGUCUUCUUUUCCCAGGGCGAGAAGGGCGCCCACCUCGUCCAGCUCCUCGCCUUUGCCAUCGUCGUCGCAGCCGCGAGCCUCCAGUGGUUUGCCCUCUCGCGCUACCGACAAGGCACCAUGGCGGCUGGCUUCUGGUUUGUUCCGCCCAUCCAGAUCGGCGACGAAGAGGCGCCGUCGCCUGGCGCCACGCGCUCGGCUGCCACGGCGUCGUCGUCGCACGAUUCGUACGACGACUAUGGCCUGUACUCAUACUGAUCGCAUUGAACGCGCUCACGUUGCCCGCCAUCACUCCGCCCACACUGCUGGGCGUGCUGGCAUGUUUAAAACAAGCUUACAAUCUG